AUUACGGUUAUUCUUUCAAAAUUGAUAUCUAAUUAACAACCUCAAAAUAUCGAUAACUUUUUAUAAUAGCUGUGAUUUAAUUUUUUAAAAAUAAUUAAACAACAGUCAUAUUUUUACUUAUAAAAACAUUUUGAAAAAUUUUGUAAAAUUAUAAUAUUAACUGAAUAGUAUACGUCACGGAGCGUACACCAAACAGUUGUAUUGAGCUUUUUUUUUUUGUAUUUAACAUAAACUCAUUAUUAUUAAACUUAACAUGAUAUUCAUUCACGUAGCUUGUUACUAUGGCAGGACAUCCUAGUUUUACCUAUUGACCUAUAUUCAACUGCAGAAAGUACUAUGGAGACCAACCUGCAUUCAAGGAAUUCAUAAAGUAAGCAAUGGUUGUGUGACAUCUUUCAAAUUUUGAAAAUAUUUUUAUAGUAAAUAAUUAUAAAGCUGCAAUAAAUAUGCAAGCAGAUCAACAGCAGAGUAAACGUACACGCUCAUAUGUGGAGGAGGUUUUCCGGCUAAUAGAAGAAAAACCCGAUAUAGUGGAUAUAAUAAUAUUGAACAAAAAUGGCAAUCCCGUCAAGACAACCAUGGAGAAACAAAUGGCUAUUGAGUUUGCUGGCCUGUAUGAAAUAUUGAAGGAGAAAGUACAAUUGGGCUUACAAAAGAUUGAUCCGAAAGAUGAGUUAUUAAUGCUACGUGUGCGCACGAAAGCCAAUGAGGUACUUAUAACGCCAGAUGGAAAAAUUACUGUGAUGGUCGUACAAAAUGCGCAGGAUAGAAUACAGUUAUGA